UAUGGCUUCUAAAUUAAAUACAAUUGAGGCAACCAAUCUUGACCAUCAAAUUUAACAUUUAUAUUAAUGCAAACCACUUCCAGAAUAAGAUGUCAAGCUGAUAUGUGAAAAGGUAUAUUGAAUUAACAUUAAUAUUUCAUUAGGCAAAAGAAAUUUUGAUUGAAGAAUCUAAUGUAUAACCAGUACGUGCACCAGUUAUAAUUUGUGGUGAUAUUCAUGGUCAAUUCCAUGAUUUGAUGGAACUGUUCAAAAUAGGUGGCAAAGCACCAGUAAUGAAGUGAUUUUAAUUUGAGGAUACUAAUUAUCUAUUCAUGGGAGAUUAUGUAGAUCGAGGACAUCAUUCUGUUGAGUGUGUAACACUUCUUGUAUUGUUGAAAGUAUAUAAUCUAUUAAUGAAUAUUAGAUUCGUCAUAGAGACAGAAUAACCAUCUUAAGAGGUAACCACGAAUCAAGACAAAUCACAUAAGUUUAUGGUUUCUAUGAUGAAUGUUCACGUAAAUAUGGUAAUAGUAAUGUUUGGAAAUGCUUCACUGAAUUAUUUGAUUACUUACCAUUGACAGCAGUAGUUGAAUCAUAAGUAUAUUCCUCUAAUCAAUAAAGUUCUUCUGUCUUCAUGGAGGUAUCUCACCUUCCAUUGAUACAUUGGAUCAUAUUCGUCAAUUAGAUAGAGUUUAAGAAGUACCUCAUGAAGGUCCUAUGUGUGAUUUACUUUGGAGUGAUCCAGAUGAUAGAUCUGGUUGGGGUAUUUCUCCAAGAGGUGCAGGAUAUACAUUUGGAUAGGAUAUUUCAGAAUAAUUCAAUCAUAAUAACAAAUUAAAGAUGAUUGCAAGAGCCCAUCAAUUGGUGAUGGAUGUACAUUAUUUAAAUUAAUUAAAAAGGGAUAUUCUUUAGCCCAUGAGAGAAAUGUAGUAACUAUAUUCUCUGCUCCAAACUAUUGUUAUAGAUGUGGUAAUCAAGCUGGUAUAAUGGAAGUAGAUGAGAAUCUACGUUAGACCUUGUAAUAUUAAUUUAUUUAAUAUUUCUAUAUAGCAUACAAUUUGAUCCAGCUCCAAGAUCUGAAAAUGAAUCUGUCCCUAAAAGAGUACCAGAUUAUUUCUUAUGAUU